AUGUCUCCUACAGCAAGCUCUGGAGCUACCAAGGGCCAGUCUAGAUCUCAGACAGAGUUGGCCAAAUCUCUGCAUCUCAUCGAUUCAAUCUUUGUGCGGCAUAAAAACCAGCACCGAAGACAAGCGUGGUGGAUACCAUUGUCGCUGAUUCGCAAGGCUCUGCGGAAGUAUGUAGUACUUCAAGCCCGUGAGAAUAAGCUCAAGACCCCUAUUCGGACUGCAGGAGCUAUACAAGCGGUGCAGGAUGCAGAAAAUGUUCGCCGCCGCUUCGAGGUUGAGACUCAAGUGAGGCGCGAGCGGGAGAUGUUGGGUGCAUGGAUCCGCAACACCCUGUGUCCACGGUGUUAUGUCGCCUUUUCCGGCCUUGUCGCGGACACACAGUUUACCAAUCUUGGUAUGGUACUGAUGGGUGUACUGGCUGAGAUCGCGGGAGUGGUUGGCUUGCCUCAAGCAUCAGGUGAGGAGCUGGAAGAGGAUGGGAGUGUCGUUCGAGAUGCCCAGGCUACGACGAGGCAAGCGAGAAGCGUCACUGCGCACAGUUUACAAGCUGUGGGAGCCGAAAGGGGAACGCUGGUGGAGAGAAUCUACGACAGUGAUGAUCUUGGUGAGGUUAUUGAAAGACACAGAGACUCUCCAGAGGUUCGAGAGUCUCUACGAACAUCGCAUGCAGAUCAUGACAUUCGCCGCUUAUCAGUAUCAGUUGGGGCGAAAGAAAAGGUUGGCGGAGGUACAUUUGCCUCACCGAAAGCACAGCCGCCGGGUGACAACCCGUCACAGGACGACGAUAUUGAGAUGGAAGAGGAUUCAGUAGCCGUCGAUGCUUUCUGCACAGUCACAACUAGGCACAAGAGCCCUACAGCAAAGGCUCAGAAAUCAGCUGCACAACGUUCCAGAAACCGAAACGCGACGCAAGCCAUACGAGAGAAGCGGACCAAGAAGUCUGCGGUGUCCUUGCAACCCACAUCCAUAGCAUCCACCCCUCCAUCUUCUCUGUUCAGCAAAGAACACUCUUCAACUGCAACUCCUCCACUGGCUGCUAAGCGGCAGCUCCUAUCCGGAAAGAUCAACUCUCCGCCCAAACCUGCCAUUCCAGAGGCAUUCAGCAAGCAAAAGGGACCCGUCGAGGGAGAAGAGCCUGAGCUCGUGGAGAACAGGACCAAGAAGACAACGAAGAGCAGCGGCACCGACAAGAGCAAAAGCAGAAAGAAGAAAAACGCCAUUGAUGACAUGUUCGCCGGUUUUGGAUGA